UAGUUAUAUAAAACGAAUAUUAAUUUGCAACCAGCACCUAAACCUUGCUACCAUAUAAACCUUUUCACUGCUCCAGCCGCCGCCGCCGCCGUUUCUUCGUCUUCCUCGCAGCGCCGCCGCUCCAUCUUCCGCUGAUCCGCUCGCUCCCGCCUCUCGCCACGCAGGCGGCGGCGCUCAGGCCCGUGAUUUCAGCGACGGCGUCAGCGGCUUCCCCUCCCGUCUCUUCCCAGUCGCCUCGCGCCCUCGCCUCCGGUCCUCCGCACACCGGCCGGUGACCCUGCAUCCACCAUGACUGGUGUCAGCACUGGAUUGUUGACGGGCUUGAGGAGGGUCAUGGAACAGCAAAGGAUUUCAACCGCUUUCUGCAGACAAUCACGAGUUUCGAGCUCUACUGUUUCUUUCUCUGACCUCGAUGAGAAGGGUGACAUGGAAUAUGAUGAUAACUCUCCAAAUUCAAAGAGGGAGUUACGACCCCAAGGUGUAGAUCCCAAUAAGGGCUGGGAAUUCCGUGGUGUGCACAGGGCCAUCAUCUGUGGCAAAGUUGGACAAGUCCCUGUGCAAAAAAUUUUAAGGAAUGGGCAUACAGUAACCGUUUUUACUGUUGGAACUGGUGGCAUGUUUGACCAGAGGGUAAUUGGGCCUAAGGAUUUGCCAAAGCCAGCUCAGUGGCACCGCAUAGCUGUCCAUAAUGACUACUUAAGUGCUUAUGCUGUUCAGAAGCUGGUGAAGAAUUCUGCUGUCUAUGUUGAGGGUGAUAUUGAAACCAGGGUCUACAAUGACAGUGUUAAUGAUCAAGUCAAAAACAUACCUGAGAUAUGUGUUCGACGUGAUGGCAAGAUUCAAUUGGUUAAAUCUGGGGACAGUGCUGCUAACAUAUCAUUAGAUGAACUAAGAGAAGGACUGUUCUAGCUAUAGUGAAAGAUGUCAGGAGUAUGCUUCUGGCUUGAGUGUGUUUUGCUGGCACCGGGCAGGCUAUCAGCUCAUCUGCAUUGUGUCCAGAUGAGAUGCUCUGUGCUGCGGUUGUUUUGCUGAAUGCUUGGAGCAUGGUAUCCUUGAACUGAAGUGGCGCUUGAGAAUUGGAGGAGUUUUGGUUUGACAUGAGAAAGGCUGGCAUGGUUUUCCCUUCACUCACACCGGGAACGCAGAAGCCUGCAGUUCUCUUCCCUGCCUAAAACACUAGUAAAAUGACAACGCGAGGCUCCAUGAUGUUGAUGUCCUUGCCCGCGAGUAGAUGCGCACCAAUAGUUCGCACCCUGUUCUCA